UCAUGCGGCAGUACAUCUGGGCUCCUGGCCCAGCCUUCCCAGGUGGCCCCAUCAGAGGCUAUACAUCUGUAGACAGAAAAGCUGGUCUCCUUCCUUUCACUUAAGACCCAGAGGUUGUGGUCUAGUUCUUGAAGGUCUAGUCCUUGACCCAGGUGGGGGACAGUGACCCCUGAGAAAGGAAGUGACCACACCCUGCUUUAUGGGGCCUUUGCUGACCAAACCCUACCUCUCAUAAUGCUUUUCAUUUGAGUUGCUUUGUCCCUAAGUCUUCAUGCUCAGCCUCCUACCACAGCUGGACGUUUGUAAAGGGAACCAGAAACAUCUUUUGGGGAAAUGACAGUUGAUGCAGAUGACAGUAAACCAUAAUCUUUUGGUAUUAUCCUGACCCUUAAUCCUGAUCAAGCUGGCACUCCCCAGAAUCCGACAAUAUACAGACAUAGGCACAAAUUCUGUCUUCAUACUUUUCUAAGUACUUAAAACCUCCACAGCAUAUGUCUUUUGUGUGUUAUACACAAGACUGUAAAGAGACUGGCUGGGGUUGGACAUGAAAAGCCCUACAAAGUCAGAAUCCUGCCGACCUGGAGGGGGGUCUAUCCAAGGAAUUCCAUCUUACCAGUGACAUUCAUAGAAAAGCACAGUAAAGCACAGGAGAUCCUUGCUGAGUUUUAAUUCCUCAGUCUGCCUUUCCGCAUCUUUUGAGUGAUAUACUCUAAUAAGUUGACUGCAUUUUAUGUGAGUAUAGCUGGAUCCGCUUUGAUUCUACAAAUUAGGUGCCCUUCUGUUUCUUAGUAAUGUCAUAUUCUCUGACCACUGUAGCCACUUAAGAUAGUCUCAAAUAUGAAUUUCAGUGGCCAUAGUGGAGAAGAUACUGACCCAGGAGGCUUAUUCUCACCUCCACCUCUUAGACUCACAUGUAUGAUUUUUUUUUCUCCCUACCAAAGUGGCUAGUUUUGACAGCCUUUAGGUUGCAGAAUUGUUUAUAUUCGAAAGAAGACCUUACCUUCAUAGAGCAUUUUCCCGGGCAGUUGUUCUGCUUUGUAAGUUUUUAAUAUCUACUCUUAUUCGGAGUCCCAAAAUGAGUUAGCUUGGGUAGAUCUCACAAUGAAAACUGAUUUCUUCGCAUAAAACUUUAUUCUACCUUUUUGAAAACCAGCUGGAAAUGAUGAAUGGUGGCUUCAAUAGUAAUGGUUCACGAAGAACUGAUCGUGUCCCCAUCAAUGAGGUCUUACCCAUGGCAGGGCAAUGGCGAUCUACUGUAAUUCUGUGUUGGUUGUAGUAAGUUGGGGGACUAUCAGGCCAAGAAUCAACAGAGCUACGUGGCUUAGGCAGGUCAGUUUCUCUGUGCCUCAGCCUGCUCACCUGUGAGAUGGGAAUAAUAAACACCCCUCAGAAGGUAUUGUGAGGUCAUUCACUAAAGGACAUUUCAGUGCUUUGAAUGGGUCUGGAACAUACCCUAGUAUUUUUACUCUACAUAGAAGAAAUCAGUCCUAGAAUAUAAUUAGAUCGGACUUUCUGGUCCUUUAAUCACUCGCCUCCUUCCUAAACUGGAUCCAGCUGCAAACGAUUGCGUUAGUCUCAGGACUUCAUUUUCAUUGGACUCAGCUGAUCAAAACUGAGACCAUUCUGAGGCAGGAGAAUAGGGUCUGGAGGCAGUAAACCUAAGGCCGAUUCAGGCUGACUUCCUAGAACUAAAUCAAAAGGAAAACCCCAACUUUCCACAUCCAAGUAACAAAAGGAUCAGAGGCUACUCCCUUUGCAACCCCCCUUUUUCCACGUGGCAGAUAAACUCUAAGUACCUCUGAUUGGUCCCCUCCCACAGCCAAUGAGGCUGUUCACAGGUCAAGACUUCAUUUGCAUGGGAGUAUAACUUUGUAACUUCAGCCUCUGAUUGGUUGCUUUCUGCAACUAAUCAGAUGUUUGCAUAGGGUAUAGCUUUAUAACUUCGCUUCAGCCUCUGGUUGGUCCUCUCCUGCAACCAAUCAGACUGAUUACGGUCCACUACUUCAUUUACACAAGGUGUACACCAAGUAACCAAUGGGAAACCUCUACAGGGUAUUUAAAUCCCAGAAAAUUGUGUCACCGGGCCCUUCAGCCUCAUGGGCUGCUCCCACCUUGUGGGGUGUACUUUCAUUUUCAACAAAUCUCUGCUUUUGUUGCUUCCGUUUUUCCUUGCUUUGUGUGUUUUGUCCAAUUCUUUGUUCAAGAACGCCAGGGUGACGUAACAAUUCAAACCAUGAAAAGGUAACAGAGCCCUUCGCGCGUCUCAACACGUGGUGACACAGCUAAUAACCUGUGAUGCAUACAUGGGAACAAAUGCAUAGAAAAACUUGUCAAUGACACGCCAAAGUAAAACCCAAAUGAAGCAAGGUGAAAGGAUGGGCUGCAGCGCAGGCAAAACUGCACCACGUUACAGACUGCUCGCCUGGGAUGGAACGGUGGGGAGGUGCGCAGACGGAUGGACAAGCGCCUGGCAAAAUGGAUUUCUUUUCCUAGACUGCUAAUGCUACUAACAGUUCCCUCCUCACAGGGUCGCUAUAACGAGGUAACAUACAGCACUUAGAAGACGGCCUGACCCAGAAUAACACUAAUGUUCACAUGGCUGCGACUCUCGAACCAAAAUCAAUAGCCGGUAUCUACUGAAACUGCAGCAAGGCGAAACCACGGGAAUGGCGCUCCGUUGAGUAGAGCAACGCACAGCACAUCACAUCGCAUCCUCCGUAGCGGGAGGCUCUGGCCUCACCGCAGCGGCACUUCCCGGAAGAGCCCAGGAUAUUCGGGGACCCGCACCGGACAGGCGGCCCAGGCCCCCUGGCGCCCAGCUGGCCGCCCUGUUGCAGCUGUCAUGCCAAGACCUACGCCUAACGGCAGGGAUUCCGGCGGUCAUCAUUUAUUCUUGGCGCUAAGCUGCCGCUUCUCUUUUUUAUCACCACAGAGUAACGCAGACCCCACCGUUUCCUUCCAUUCUGAGCCAACCACUCCAGCAGCCACCGGGACGCCAGGUUAUGCUGGGGCUGCACCACCCGGCCCGAGGCUUUUGAAGCCACGCCUGGGCGCGGAGGAUGGGCAGGAUUUGCCCCGUGAACUCUCGCGCACGCAGGCUCCGCGCGAGGCCCGGGCGCCCGAGCGGCGAUUCCCUCCCCUAUCAUCAGCUCCAGGGUGGUGCCCCCCGGCUGUGGCGCCCAGACCCCGGCCAUCCAGCAGCGUAUAGACGAGCCCAUGUCUGCGGUGUAACUGCACCGCGCUGGGGAUCCACCCCCUCCCGCCAGGGUGAGGGCGCCGUCCUCCAGCGUAUGCUACGCAGGCGCGCCCCGCCCUCCUGGUCACGUGACCACGCCUACAGCCGAAGAGGAUGGGAAAAUGCGGCCCUGUUCCUGAACGGGAAGCGGAAGCAGGAAGGCACUGAGAACACCAGCAUCUGCCGCCGCCCUGAAUCAGCGUUAGCAUGUGGAGGCAACCUCAGCCCCCAGUUUCUGAAGAAGUUUCUUUCAGGGUGGAAACAGUCCCAACCUAGAAAGCUGAUCAGAAGACUCCCACCCACAUACCAGCAACUGGUAUCUGCAUGGCUACGUACGCAGCUUCCUCUGAAUCCAGGUGCUACUCAGUCAUCACUGCUGCUUCCUUGGGGCUGUCCAAAGCCUUUGGUGCUAACAAUAAAGGACUAGAAACACUUCUUUUCUUCACAGAAGAUGUACAUCAUACUACAUGUGUUUACUCUGGACAGAUCUCUUAGGCAAUUCAUAAAACUCCCAUACAGAUGAAUCUUUAAACACUCACAGGGGUUUGGGAGGCUUUUAUUUUAAAGGUUCUAUUAUUUUCAGCAGGAUAAUGUAUCUACUAAGACCAAAUUAUUGACCAAAACUUAAUAAAUCAAAAAAAUUCCUGACUUUCAUCCCUCUUGCAUAUAAGACUGAAGAGUUUUGUCUCAUCCAGCAAGGGAAGUGCUGCGAGGCUGCUAUCACAAAAGUAUCUUUCUUUCUGCUGCAUAAAGGAAAGGCUCUCUCACCCCGUGUGGACUCCACACUGCUCCUGAGACAACAACAGCAGACUGUCAAAGACGUCCCUUAACCAGUAGCGGUAGACAGGAAGUCAUAAUCCACUUCCCCUCAUUGACAAGGUUUGUUCAAUAAACAACACCAGCCUAUGUCAAAGUAGUAGCCUUUGGGUGUUAAACAAAGAGAUACUUGUAAGUAUAAAAUAGACAAGUUAAUGCUAGUGCCAGAAAGAAGUUAGGGCAUAUCUGUUACCAGACAAUAAAAGCAUCCCUUACAAUGUGAGGUGGCCUGAAAAGAGCCCAGAAGAAACAGAGGGAAAAGAAGUUACAGCACGAGUGCCUUGAGGCUCCUAUCAGAAAUAACGGCCAUACGUCAAAUGCAUUUAUCAGGGAAAUGAGAAAUUAACGUCGAAUAUACAUGUGAGGUCUCAGCAAUAAACACAGUAUUAAAUUCUUGGGCCCGUCUACUAACGUUGAGAGAAAGACCACACCGUUUUUCAGAAGAAAACUUGUGAAGUCAGUCGCGUGGGACUAGGAAGCUCUCACCUGAAUGUUGACAAACACGCCAUGAUACGUCUCAUACAGAACUUUGUUACCCUUCACGUGCAGAGGAAAUUCAAAAGGGAUUUCUGUUUUGCCGCUGGGAAAUUUCCCUGGCUUCACCAUUUCUAUGGUGCUGUUGAUAAUCUGGAUAGGCUGUAAACAAAAAUCAGUUCAGUCCAUCAGCACGCACUUGGAGAUGUCCUUCCCAAUUACUAAUAACCUUCUGAAGGACACAGCACCCCAACCCCCUGGAGGCCACCAUCCUGCUGUCUUGGGCAGCUCUGCGCUGGGUCUGGAGAUGAACAGUGACUUGGCUCUGCUUUUUAAGACUCUGGCACAAUAAUGAUUCAUUUACAACAUGAGACACAUAGGUGCUUCAGACACAUGGGAACUGAACUGAUAUAUCCCUCUCUCCUCCCCAGGUAUCUCAUUUAACUGUUUUAACAACCCCGAUCUUCAGGAUCAAGAAGCAGAACCAGCACAGUGAGGCUGCCUGGCUAACAGGGUUGACGUGUGAACCCACGGCUCCCCUCACCGAGCCCCGUGCUCUUCUGGGCAGCGCUGCCUCUGCUCCUGACAGCCCACCAGCUUCCUCGGAGCCUUCCUGCUGCAGCCGCUCAGGGAGAGCAGGCCUUUCCUCCAGCCCUGUGGCCUGCACAGACCUCCUCAGCUGGGCCUCCAAGGAGGAGCAGGAGGGUACUGACAUUUGGAACCUGCCUUCAAGGCACGUAUUCAUGCUUUUUAAGCAUUUAUAGUUUAACGUCAGUGGCUCUCAGAAGACCCAUGACUUAGGAAGUGAAUCUCUUAAGUACUAAUGGAUUAAAAUAAAGUUGUAGAAAA